GCCACGUCGGCAACUCUAUCAUGACAUGCAUUCUCUCAUGCAUAGCUCAAGCGUCAUCUCCUAGUACUCAGCCUACACAUUGACAAAAAGGCUCUAAACUACUGCAUUGAAGGUCCAUAGUUGCCAUGCCUAUUCACGACGUUGUGAGGCAGAGGUUGCAGCCUCUCACAUCGGCCGUGACCUCGAACAGGAUUCUGCUCUAUGGUGUACUCAGCGCGUUCGCAUUACUGGGGACCAUCGCAAAUGCCUGCAGGAGCUACAGCAACUUCUAUUCCGUGGCUAUAUAUCUAUCCCGAAGCAGUCGCAGUGUAUUGGUCCUCGCGAAUUUCGGAUUUCUGGUUGCUCUAGCGUGCGGUCGCAUUACGCAGCAGUUGUUCUUUGGGCCGUUGCAACCCCGUGAAAUCGAGCGACUAUACGAUCAAACAUGGAUAUUCGUCACCGAAUCUCUUCUGGCGUUCACAAUUUUCAGAGAUGAUUUCGACAUCCCGUUCGUGCUCAUGUUCGGACUCUUGCUGUUUGUGAAAUGUUUCCAUUGGCUGUUGGCAGACCGUGUGGAGACAAUGGAUCAGACGACAUACCCUGGUCCCCCUUUCACCUUCCAUGUGCGGAUGAAUCUGCUUUUUGGCCUUCUAUGGACGCUCGACAUCGUGAUGUUCGCAAUUGCGGUGGAAAACACGCUGAACAAUGGAAUUAGUGGAAUGGUCCUUUUUGCGAGUGAGUAUGCCAUCCUACUGGCGAGCGCCCUGAACUCAAUGGCAAGAUACGUGUUGUCUGUCAUCGAUUAUCGAAGAGCGCGCACACGAGGUGGCGAGAAUGCGCCGCCCAUGGAGAACAAGAGCAUGUACGUCUUCUACAUCGAGCUAGUGACAGAUUUUCUCAAGUUGACGACGUACCUCACUUUCUUCAUGCUCAUCCUAACCUUCUAUGGUCUGCCGCUCAAUAUCAUCCGUGACGUCUAUCUUACCGCGCGCUCGUUCAUCACUCGAUUGCGCGCACUCAUUCGGUACCACAAUGCUACCCGAGACAUGGACCGUCGCUAUCCGAACGCAACAGAAGCCGAGCUGUCAGACAUGUCCGACCGGACUUGCAUCAUUUGCCGAGAGGAGAUGGUCUCGCGAAACCCUCAGCCACAAGCCGGCGAUGCAGCUGCCGAAGCACAGGCGCCUAUCCAGGAUGGACCAAACAUGACACCGAAAAAGUUGCCUUGUGGACAUAUUUUCCAUUUCCAAUGCCUCCGUUCGUGGUUGGAACGGCAACAGAGCUGUCCCACAUGCCGCCGCACUGUUCUAGAAACGGACGCUGCGAACCAGCCAGCGGGACAAGGUCGCGCAGAAGGUGGCCGUCCUGCACCAGCACAGCCAGGCGCAGCACUACAAGGCCAGCAACCAGGGCAGCAGCGUGCAAACCCCAUGGCUUGGCUUGGUCGUUUCCUUGGUCUCCCUGCGCAGCAGCCAGCUGUGCAAGGCCAGAAUAUACAUGGACAGUUUGCGCCAGCUGGCAAUCUCCCUCAGCAUCCUGCGCCAAACUUUGCAUGGGGAGGAGGCCAGGCUGCGCCACCGGCGUAUUUCUAUCCAGGACAGGUUCUAUGGUCCAGGUGGAGUCUGGCAACCAUGGGGCAUGGACCCGCAAUGGUUUGCUCGACAGCCCCAGCAGCGAGGCGAAAUCCCCACGCGGCCAUCUUCACCACAAAGCUCUGUUCUUGACUCCAACUCUCAGAGUUCCGCCCGAUCAGUUCAUGCCGAAACCUCUGCCGCUCCAAUACGAACGCAAGAGACCUCCACGGACCAGGCGCAAUUACCAAGGGAGGCAGCUGCCCAAGCCGCGUUACGGAGGAUGGGCCCCUCGCGGUCCGG